GGGGCUUAUAAAAAGAGUACUUCCCCGUCAGAGUUCCUUAGAGAAGAGAUGGGCUCCAUCAUGGCAUUCCUCUUGCUCACCUGUGGUCUCUUACUAUUGUUGCCUGAAGCUGUGGUUGGUGGUGCCUGUGUCUGCCCAUUUAUUUACAACGGUAAAUCCUAUUCCUCUUGCACCAGGGAUGAUGCUCGUGCGAUGUGGUGUGCCACAGAAGUUGACCCUGACACGAAAGAAAUGAUCAAAUCUAAAUGGCAAUAUUGUACGAAUAAAGAGUAUGGAGGUAAUGAUAUUGGACGACCCUGUGUGUUCCCCUUUGUGUAUGAAGGCCAAACCUUCAACACCUGCAUAAAUAAAGAUUCGGGGGAUUACUGGUGUGCAACAACAAGGAACUAUGACAAGGACGGGAAAUGGAGCUUGUGUGCUGAUACCAGAAGUCCUCCAAGUGCCGGCUGUAAACGUCAAUGAUUCCUGUUAUCCAGUUUGGAUCACAACAGGUGGAUGGGUAAAUGAAAGACCACUGGGUGCGCCGACUAGAAGCCUUGCUUAGUGGGUUGUGCUGCCAAAUAAUUUAGAAGA